AUGUAUCCAAACCACUCUUACGCUGGUUAUCACGCUAACACGAUGGGUGCGUGGAAUCAAGCUACUGUACCUCAAAAUUCACAGGGGAUUGGAUACGCAUUGCCUUACGCUCAUCCUGAGGUAACUACAUACGUUGAAAAAGCGACGUUUCCUAAUCCCUAUGGAGCUUUGUAUGCUGCUGAAAGUGACUACUAUCGUCAUUCAUACGCUAAUCCAGGUUCUCAGCAGGACUGCUAUGAUCGGCAUCGCCCCAACAUGCCGAAUACAGCUCGUCCUCCACCGAGCAUGAAAACAGAUAACAGCGAUAACACAUUUCACGCAAGUUUAUCCAUGCUAGAAAAUCCAACACAAAAUUCUGCUGCUGCAUACACUGCUAGUUGGGUUAGCAGUACCUCCAGCAUUCCACCUGAGCUGAGAGAUGAACCUGAGGUACCGUCGUUCAAUGGUUCAGCACAUAGUGGAUGC